GGUUGCGUUUUACUGCACAAGAUAUCGUAUGAAAGCAAAAAGAGGAAUCAUGUUGAUUAAAUCCAUAUUGAUUUGUCCAAAAAUCCAUAACAGCAUUUAUUCGUUGAUCAACGAGUUUCUUUUGUCAAGUAUCAUGGUUCAUUAUGAAAACAUACAAGUUCGCAACAAGUCGUUCAAACAUUAUCUCGAUUAUUCAAACGUUCCUAAGCUAAACGAGGCCGACCUUGAAGAGCAGUUUAUCCGUGGCAGCGGUCCGGGUGGUCAAGCGACGAAUAAAACGAACAAUGCGGUCUUGUUGAAGCAUAAGCCCACAGGGUUCAUCGUCAAGUGCCAUGAAACGAGAAGUCAGUGGGACAACAAGAAACGCGCGCGCGAAAUUCUGAUAACAAAGCUCGAUAAUUUAUUGAACAAGGAACGCUCCAUUGAAGCCCAGAUACGUGCUCUUGAGGAAAAACAGCAAACGCGAAAAGAAUACAAGAGAAAGAAGCGAGACGAAAUGAAGAAAGCGUUUCGCGAACGCGAAGGCUUGACAUGACGCAAGUUGGUUCAAAUAAAUUCCUCUAGAAUGUAAACUAAUUUUAGCUUUAAGGAAUAAAUAAAAUUAUAAAUAGAAGAUUGUCAAUUUUUUAACUUAAAAUGUAUUGAAGAAAGCCAAAAGAUUAUUAAUACUAAUUACCAAUUAAAUUUAUCAAAAUUAAUAAAUUUACAAGUUCUGAUUUUUAUUUCCAAUACAACAGUUGCAUUUAUUUUAGAAUCGUAAUUAAGUAACUAAUUGCAGUGAAUAAUCUUUUGUCACCAACUGGUUAAUUAGUUUUUAAUUAUAUAAUUAGAACAAAAAGAAUACAGAAUCUAAAAUUUUGAUAGAGUUAAAUAAACUUGUUUGACACAAUUUAAUUUAAGAUCACUUGGAAUCACAAAAAGGUGCAAUAAAAUAACUUUUAAUGGAAAA